CAAACUUGUACAAGCAAACCUAAAACCCUAGCCUCCUUCUCACCCUGCUUUCGGUGGUUCUUCUAUCCCUUUUAACCGGUGAAAAAAAUAUAUAAACCAACAAUAUUCAGAAGAUAGUGAAUAAAUGGAGAUAAAUGUGAAGAAUAUAGCAUUUGAUCUUGAUUUUCAUCCAUCCAAUCAGUUAGUUGCUGUUGGUUUAAUUACUGGCAAGCUUUUUGUAUAUCGAUAUGCUGAAGAUUCAGAACCACAAAGGGUCUUGAAGGUUCGUGCACACAGUGAAUCUUGUAGAGCCGUUAGGUUCAUCAAUGAAGGCCGUGUAAUCCUCACGGGAUCUCCCGACUGUUCCAUCUUGGCUACUGAUAUUGAAACAGGAUCUCCAGUUGCACGUCUUGAAAAUUGUCAUGAGAAAGCUGUUAACCGAUUGGUCAAUCUCACAGAAACAACAAUUGCUUCUGGAGGUGAUGAAGGGUGUAUAAAGGUCUGGGAUACAAGACAACAAUCUUGCUGCAAUUCAUUUCAAGUUCAUGAGGAGUACAUUACUGAUAUGACCCUCGAGCCUGUUUCCAUGAAACUUCUAGGAACUAGUGGAGAUGGCACUCUAUCUGUUUGUAACCUGCGAAGUAACAAGGUUCAAACUCGUUCAGAGUUUUCUGAAGAUGAGCCAUUAUCAAUAGUAAUAAUGAAGAACGGCCGAAAAGUUAUAUGUGGCACUGAAAGCGGAACGAUGUUAUUAUACUCUUGGGGUUUUUUCAAGGAUUGCAGUGACCGGUUUACCGUUCUAUCUCCAAACCCAGUAAAUGUGUUGUUAAAGCUUGAUGAAGAGAGGGUUAUUGCUGGAACCGAAAAUGGUCUCAUCAGUUUGGUAGGUAUAUUGCCCAACAGAAUAAUUCAGCCAAUUGCAGAGCACUCAGAGUAUCCUGUGGAACGUCUUGCGUUUUCUCAUGAUAAAAAGUUGCUUGGAAGCAUAUCACAUGACUCGACAUUGAAGCUGUGGGAUAUAGAUAGUCUCCUGCAAGAAGGUUCUGGAAAGAAAGGAGAGGGUAAAUCAGCUGCCGCUGACAGUGAUGACGAUGAGAUGGAUAUGGAUACUGAUGAUAUUCCUCAACAAUCUUCUAAAGGUACCAAGAGGAAAAAUAAUGGAGGAGCUCGAGGCCUUGAUAACACAAGUGAUUUCUUUGCGGAUUUAUGAUCUUGUGAAGUUGGAUGUUAAUGAAAACGUGCAAAAAGCGUUUGUUCUUUUUGUUUCUAAAGUUAUUAACAAAGAUUAGUUGUCUGAAUACACUUAUAUUUGUUAUACAAGAUCUUUCUAUUUGUUUUUUUU